AAAUAGUACAUAUUAAUAAAACAAACAUACACAUUAGUACCGCCAUCCCCAUAGUGUAUGAGACAAAUGUAUGCAUUUCAGAGCUAUUGUUUUUGCGAACUUCCUUCUUGGGAAAACUCUCCCCCGUGGACUAAUUCAAAACAAAUCUUAAAGAAAGAUAUUACAUUUACACCGUAUAAUAUAUAAAAUCAUAAAUGGACGCAUGUAUAAGUCAAAGUACAGCGAAAUAGUGAUUAAUCUUAAACAAAUGGAAUACUUAAAAGUUGAGAGUGAAGGGAACAAAUUUGUUGUAUCACUCCAAAUGAAGAAACAAAAAUUUACUCCCAAAUUCCCUAAAUCAAAGAAGUUACAUACACAUUUAAAAAAAAAAAUAAAAUAAAAUAAUUCCGAAUAUACCCUUCACCAAUCUCUACCUUACCAAUGCAAGUGCAGGCUGAGUCUCCUCAUCUCCCUCCCUACUCCUUUCUACAAGUCCUUACCACCUGCACACUCCUCUGUAACCCAAACAAAAGUUCUGUAUUUCACAAAAAAACAUCAAUUACAGAUUUCCCUUUAUUUUUUUUAAUAAAGCAAAAGUAGAAUAUUUAGAGAGAGAAAUUGAAAGAGACGCUACUAUUACCAUUACCCAACCUCAAAACCCUACUCACUCUCUUUCGCUUUCUCUCUCUAAAACUCACUCACUUUCUCUCUCCUCCAUGGAAAGACCUUACUCUACCUCCCGACCACCUACAUUCUCUUCCAAGAAGAAACCGCCUCCUCUUUCUUCUUCCUCUUCUUCUUCUUCCUUCCUCAACAACAAUGGCGGAUUCUUCACUAAUACUUCAUACGACGACGUUUUUGGUGGUCCUCCUAAGUUUACUUCGUCUUCUUCUUUAGCUCCUCGUCCUGAAGAUUACACUGAAAUUUUCGGCGCUUUUAGGUCGUCGUCUUCUUCUUCAAGGUCGUCUUCUUCGAUUCCUGUUCUUGAUCUUCCUGCUGUUCCUGACGACAUUCAUUCUGCUGCCGCCGCGUUUUUCGACUAUUCCGAGGUUUUCGGCGGUUUUAAUGCUGUUGAUUUUGCUGUUCCUUUUGAUGAGCUUUUCCGACCGUGUGAUGGCUCGUUUUGCGACGGUGAUGCUGACGGUGACGGCGAUGGUUCCUCCGAUGAAGCCUGGACCCCAGUUGGUACAGAGUCUCUCUCUGAUGAUGAUUCAGAUCCAUUUGCUUUUUCUGAAAAGAGUGGAAACUCUCAUCAACCUUCGGAAAGCCAAGAAUUUAACGUUUCUUACCAUAAAGUUAAUCCGGGAACCAGCACAUAUGUGCCAAACAUGACACAUGUAGCUAAACUAAAUGACGUGUCUGGAUAUACUUGUGUAUUUGACGAAGCCACAUCUUUGAAAGAGAUGGGAAAUGAUGUGUGCUCACCAGUUGUUGAUGACGUUGUCAUUAGCAUGGGAAAUGAAACUAUGUCUCAUGCCUCAUAUGAUAGUGACCAGAGAUCUGGAAAAGCUUGUGUGGAUAGUAUGUCUAAUAUAAAUUCUAUAUUUGCAUCUGUAUCUGAUGCCAACCUCAGAACAGAACCGUCCCAAAAGUUCCAAUUGCCGCCUCCAUCAAGACUGCCAUCUGUGUUAACAGACAGUAAUGAAGAAUUUCACGAGAUGAAUUCAAGUCCUAUGGCUUCUGAAAGAUGUGGUUUGGAGGCAAAUGUUAACUAUAACUUACCACCAUCUUUUGACAUGGAGGUAAAUGCAAGUACUUCUGCUGCUGCUUCUGCUGCUGCUAUGAAAGAUGCAAUGGAGAAAGCUCAAGCAAAACUGAAAGCUGCGCGGGAGUCAAGAGACAGGAAGGACAGAGUUCAGAACAGUGGAAAGCUGCAAUUAAAGACUGAUGUAAAUGGCGGCGGUAAUGUUCAAGGGGUACGUGAUGAAAAUUUGGCUGAAGAGACCAAAGUGCACGCAACAAGUGAUAGAGGUCUUGGUAAGAUAAAAAAUUCUGCUAAAACUAGGCAUGAUAAAACUGCCUCACAUAGUUUACCAGAUAACCUGGUUGUUGAACAGCCUACUGCGGGAUCUGUAAAACCAGCUGAGACAAAACAAGGGAAGAAAAGUAGCUUGUCCAUGGAUACAGAUGUGGCUGGUCAAUGGAAGGAGGCUAGGCAAUAUUAUGAAUUUGUAAAUAGUGACAACACUAGAUUAGUUACUCAACCACCCAGUAGUAAUGGUGAUGCACAGAUAGGAACCAAGCGGCAGGACAAUGAUAAUCAUGAUUCGGAUUCGGCUGGGGAGGCUUGUGUAGCAGGAGAAAAUCGGCGAAGGCUAAAAGCAACAAAAGCAGUAUCUAGACAAGAAUACUAUGAGAAAAUGGUCAAGGUGGCUCAAGACGUUCAUGACAGUGUGAUCUGUGGGCAUGUGGAACCUGACAAAAGACAGAAGCGUAGGUCUCAGGGAAAUCCAAGACAGCUGAAACCUGAGUUGGUCUAUGAACAGGAAAAUAAUGACAUUCUACCUAGCAAAGCUCAAAAAAAGGAGGAAUAUCCUGGUGAGGUUAUUCAUAAACAACCUGGGAAGCGAUCAGUAACCGUGCUUGAGAAAGGAGAGCAUAAGAAUGAAAGUGAGGCUUGUCAUAGUGAACUGGUUGACAAGCAUGAUGACCCCUCUGAAUUGAACGAGGAAGAAAUGAGAGGAUCAUGUGAAAGGGAUGAGGGUGAAUUAAGAGUGCAUGAUCCUGUAGUGAGAGGAGAACAUGAGCAGAAAGCAGAAGAACCCUGCGACAGACCAAGGACUGAGACUAGACAGCCAGAGGCUCAUAAGAAGAAAAUGACCAAGGAGUCUAAGGAAGUGGCGGACAAGAGAUUAGAGGAAACUUUUGUGGAUGUUUUAAUGGGAGAUAGAUUGCAAAAAUCAUGUGACAGUGAAGAAAAGGACAACACAAGAUACUUGCAGCAAAUGAAAGCUGCAGAUAAGAGAUUGAAGGAUGCUUUUGAGGAUGUCUCUGGCAGGGAGAGGUUAGAAAGAGUGUCUGAAAGCCAAGAAAACGAGACAAGAAAUUUGCAGCAAAGAGAUGAAUAUGAAAAUCAUCGUGAGCAAGCAUUUGAUGGCCAAGAAUCUAAGAAGCCGCUAGAAAAAUGUGUAGUACUGGAGAAGUCUGAGAUAAAUAAAGCAGCUUCUAAACAAGAGGCAAGGAGACAAAGGUUUAAUGAGUAUCCUAAUCCAAUUGUAGACUACAAUAGCUCAGCUGAGGGUCAGAAACAAGAUGAAAGUAAAGAGAAGCUUGAGAAGACUACUGAGCUGAAGCAUACUUCUUUGCGGGGAUUUGAGAUGGAAAAAAUUGGAAAAAUCAAUGAGAAUGCUGAUGACAGGGAAGUUCAGAAGGGUGAAGACAAAAGUUACAUAAAGAUCGAGUUGGAGGAUGAGAACCAGGGGCCUCAUAGCUCCCCAGAUAUGAAGCUGCCUACGAAGGAUAAACAUGUGAAGUCUUCUGACGGGGCUAACCUGUACAAGAUGGACGUGGAACUGAAUAUGUCUUGUAAACUUAAGAAGUCACAAAUGAAAGUUGAUGGAUCCAAGGAUGUAAGUUCUCAGAAAGGGAAUGAAGAGAUCGACUCUGCACCAUCAGAUGACAAAAGCAAGUUGGAAGCAGUUAAAACGGCUGAUGUUCUGAUUGAUGAAAGACAAGUAGAAGCUACUGCUGCUCAGGUGGGCCCUAAUGAAUGUGAGCUUGAGGGAAGGACAAUUCCGGCCUCAAAAACACUUGAUUUGAAUGACAAAAACACCUCGACACGUACUGAUUGUAUUAGAAAUGAACAAAACCUGAAAGAGGCGAGUAGGAAAGUUGCGCAGUCAGCCUCAAAUCCUAAUUUGGUGAAGGAUCCUAAUGUAGAUAUAGGAGGAAAGAGAAAUCUAGUAGGGGAGGGUCAGGCCCACAUCGUGCACAAGGAGAAAGCUAGAUCCACAGUUGCUGAUGAUAUUAAUGGGUUUAAUGAGCAUGCUAGUAAGGUAGAACCUGAAGGUCAUACUGUACUGUCUGAGGGGAAGGACAAUUUCCAGAAUAUAUCUGACCUGCCUAAUAUAGGCCAAAGCAUUGAAAGAAAGGGGAAGAUUAGCAAUCAUAAUUUCACUUCAGAAGAGAAAGAUGAAGACAAAAAGCGAGACCUGGAAGAGGAACGUCUUCAGAAGCUCGAGGAAGAGAGAGAGAGAUUGAGAGAAAGGGAAAAGGAUAGAAUGGCAGUUGAAUUAGCAGUACGUGAAGCCCGUGAUAGGGCAUAUGCAGAUGCCAGAGACAGGGCUGAAAGGGCUGCUCUAGAAAAGGCAACGGAUGAAGCACGGCAAAGAGCAAUGACGGAGGCCCGGGAGAGGUUAGAGAAGGCCUGUGCAGAGGCUAGGGAUAGGUCACUAGCUGACAAGGCAUCAUCAGAGGCCAAAUUGAGGGCAGAGCGUGCUGCAGUAGAGAGAGCAAAUGCAGAAGCUCGACAACGUGCCAUUGAGAAAGCAGUGGCUGAGAGGGCUACUCUUGGGGCACGAGAAAGAAUUCAAAGAUCUGUUUCUGAAAAGUAUACAUCGGAGAGAGAUGUGAUCAUGAGGCAGAGCUCUUUCCCCACAAGUAGUGAGAGGUUCGAAGCAGCUAAUGGCGAACCUGCCGAACGGUGCAAGGCCAGAUUAGAGAGACAUAGACGAACAGUGGAACGGGUGGCAAAAGCACUUGCGGAAAAGAAUAUGCGUGAUCUUCUUGCUCAAAGGGAGCAAGCAGAGAGGACUCGGUUUGCUGAAACUCUUGAUGCCGAUAUCAGAAGAUGGUCUGGUGGCAAAGAAGGCAAUUUGCGAGCUUUGUUAUCCACAUUACAAUAUAUCCUUGGGCCAGAUAGCGGUUGGCAGCCAAUUCCGCUGACAGAAGUAAUAACUGCUGCUGCGGUGAAAAAAGCUUACAGGAAAGCCACUCUUUGCGUGCAUCCUGACAAACUACAACAGCGCGGUGCUACUGUCCAACAGAAGUAUAUAUGUGAAAAGGUUUUUGAUCUCCUGAAGGAAGCUUGGAACAGAUUCAACUCAGAGGAGAAAUAGAGUAGGCUAUUAAGAGCCGAGGUUAUGUAUUUGGUAUUUCAUACUUUUGAAAGUGUAUAUAUGUAUAGCCAUCAGUCUUGUGAAGAUAUCUUUAGAAUGUAGAAGCUGAUCUGUGCUGUUUCACAGAAGGAAAGAAGCACAGGUUUAAGGUGCAUCCGCCGCUAAUUCUUGUCUGGUUUGGGAUCACACAAAAGUAUCAGGUGAUUAUGCUUAUGAGUUCUACAUAAUAGAAGUAGCUCAUAUCUUCCUAUAGCCCUAUUGCUAUGUACGGAGUACUAUAUUAUGUUCCAAGCUAGAUUUCUAAUUCUUGCUAUAUACAAAGUAUAUGCCAUUAAUGCCAAUCUGACUGAAACCAGUGAGUUUUCGAUACAUUUACCUUUGGACUCAAUCGUCGGGACUUUUGAACACCAGCUAAUGUGAAUGGGUGUGACGAAGUCACUUCUGGCGUGAUGGGGUUUGGGGAUACAUGAUAUCUCCAUCUCAAAGUAGAAUCAUAGUCAUGUGAUCUUUGCCGGAAGAUAAGCAUAAAAAUUCAAAAAUUGAGGGUUAGCAUGAAAGAAAAAAUCAUAACUUUCCAUGACAAUUAUUAGACCCAGCAUUAUGUAUACCACUAGGAUAAGUAAUUGGUUUUCUUGCUCUUUCUACUAUCUGAUUAUGUUGUGUAGUAAGUCACACACUAAUCCAUUUGACCAAUUCCAUGAUUAUGUUGUGUCGGCCUAAAAAGACUUACGGAGUAUAUCUUAACCUAUAAAAUAUUUUCUUUUAUUGAUAAUGUAAUACUGUACGAGCUUUCUAAAGUUUUAAAAAUGUAUUUUAAGAAUGUGUUGCUAGUGAUAUGACUUCUUACCCUUGUUUUGACGAAGAUUGAAAUAGAGUUUUCAUUAUGUAUCUUGGUUGGUUAUUUGUUGGCUUGCGACAUUGGAAGGGCAAUAUCGCUUCCAGGGUUGAGGCGGAAGGAGAGAUCCAAAUCCAUUGGCUAUAACCCGAAUCAAAGGUUGGCAACCGAACAUCUUACCUUGUGACACCCCAUUUGAUAGGAAGGUGAGAGUCGAACCUCCAACCUUUAAUAGAGAGGUGGGAGGUUGAGUACCUAUUUCAUUUUCAUUAGGUCUAUCAAUAUGCAUUUAAUUUUGGAAAUUGUAUCGUUUUUCAUGUUUCUUCCACGCACCUAAAAUUUAUGAUAAAAAUGUAUAGCUAAGAGUUACGUAUUAAAGAAUUCUUUGAGACUAGGUAUUUAGCAAAGGCUAUUCAAUUACGUGUGGCCUGUGUCAACUUUUCCCAUA